AUGAGUUACUUCCUGUCUUACUGCAAAGCUCAUGGCGGCGCACUGCUCACCGGCUACCAGGCCCUGCGCGCCGAGGGCUUCCUGUGCGACGUCACUUUGGAGGCCGAGGGCACCGAGUUCCCGGCGCACAGGUCUCUCCUCGCAUGUUCCAGCGACUACUUCAGGGCGCUGUUCAAGAGCCACACCCAGGAAUCCCGGGCACGUGUGAUCCACCUGCACGUGCCAUCGGCAGCUGGCCUGCAGCGUUUGCUGGACUUCAUCUACACCGCCUGGCUGCCGCUCUCUAUGGACACCGUGGAAGAUACGCUGGAGGCCGCCAGCUACCUGCAGGUCACCGAGGCCCUGGGACUGUGUGGCCGCUACUUGGAGCGUCUGCUGGCCCCGGAGAACUGUUGCUUCGCUGCCAAUGUGGCGACGCGUUUUGGUCUGAUGCAUACGCUGGACGCGGCCGAGCGCUAUAUUGUGCGUCACCUCCGGGAGCUGUUGGCGCGGGGUGUGGACUCCGUGGGUUUGCUGGAGCUUAACCCCGGGUCGCUGAAGGCCGUGCUUGGUGCCCCCGACGUGGCGCGCGUGCCAGAGGCCCGGCUUCUGUGUCUGGCACUGGCCUGGCUGCGACAGGAGCCCAAGGCCGAACGCCUGGCCCACUGUACCGCGCUGCUGGAGCGCGUCCGCUUCGGCCUGGUGCCUGCCAACGUGCUGCGGCGCGUGUACUCGGGCUCCGGCCUCGUGCUGCCUGCCCGUGUCAAAGGCCUCAUCAUCCAGGCCCUCAACUACCAUACGGCGCCCUCUCGCCAGCCGCUCCUGCAGGGCGUGCAGACCAGCGUCCGGAGCCCACAAACCCGCAUCUUAUUGGUCGGGGGUCGCAGGGCGCAGGAGGCGGUCACAGAGGAGGUUGUGGUCCCUCAGGGGGCAGCCAGGGGCAGGGGAGCCGCAGUGGAGCCAGAGGAGGAGGAGGAAGAGGAGCAGUUGGAGGAAGAAGAGGAGGAGGAUGGCGAGUGGGAGCUCACCGAGGACGUGGUGGCUUUCGACGUCUACAAUCACCGCUGGCAAAGCCUCACGCGGCUCCCCGCACCGCUUCUGGGGCACAGCGUGUGUGUUGCAGGCAACUUCCUGUUCGUCCUGGGCGGGGAGAGCCCUUCUGGCGGCUCAUCAUCUCCCCAGGCCGACGGCCCGCGGGCAGUCACCGGCCAAGUGCACCGUUAUGACCCACGCUUCCACACUUGGACGACGGUGCCCGCUAUGCGGGAAGCGCGGGCCCACUUCUGGUGUGGCCCUGUGGCCGAGGGGCUGCUGGCCGUCGGGGGCCUGGGCGCGGGCGGCGAGGCGCUGGCCUCUGUGGAGAUGUACGACUUCCGCCGGGACCGCUGGACCGCGGCUGGGGCGCUGCCGCGGGCCCUGCACGGUCACGCAGGGGCUGUUGGGGACCGCGGGGUCGUGUACAUCUCCGGGGGCAAGUCAGGGAGAGGUGAGGGCGGCGCGAGCAGCCUCAAGGACAUGUACUCCUUGUGCCCCGGGGAGCGGGCCUGGAGUAGGAGAGCGCCGAUGGGCACAGCCCGCUUCGGGCACCACAUGGCUGCACUUCGCGGUGCGGUGUUUGUCUUUCUGGGGCGCUAUGAGCCCUUCUCUGAGAUUGAGCGCUACGACCCCUGCACCGACCAGUGGAGUCGGCUGCGACCGCUGCCCUACGACCGCUUCUGCUAUGGGCUGGCAGUGGUGGAGGAGACAGCGCUGCUGCUGGGGGGCGUCAAGUGGCGAGACUCGCGCCAGGUGCCUACCCGCAACGUGGUGGGCUAUGAUCUCGACCUGGACCGCUGGGAGGACAUUGGCUGCGCGCUGCCCUGGGCCUGGAGCAGCCUGCAGUGCGCAGUGCUGCAGCUGCCUGAGGGUGGGGACGAGGAAAGGGAGGGAGAGAUCGGAGAGGCUCCAGAUUUAGCGUUGGGCUUAAUGGGUUAGGGCAGUCUCAGGUCCAGGGAGGAGAAAAUCAUGCUCGAGCAGGUUUACAGAGCAACACGUGGGCUUUUCCUAAAAAUGAGACUUUGGGAACUGAGUGGCUUCUAAAGAUUAAGGAGACAAAUAAGGGUUUGGUCAAAGAGGCAUAUUUCCCUUUAAGCUGAGAAGAGGAGAC